CCAUGUGCUCAGCAGGCUCAAUUUACGUCUGGCACUGCUCCAGCAUUACUUUUCAGUACAUUUUACCAGCAUCCUAAGUCGCAGACCUUUUAGAAUAAAGGUGAAGGCGAUCCAACAUGCAACUAUGUGCCCAAUUACGCCUAAUCGUGCAGAAUAGACGGCCAGUGCCAAGACUGUCCUUCAUCUACACCCGCCCCACUUGUGAUAGCUUUCCUCCACCGUCCGACAGCCUCACAGCUUCCAAAGCGCACAAAGCCAUCAUCACCAACUGCGCCGCUACAAUGUCUGGCUCUGGAGCCCCUGCCCCGUCCCGCGAGCCCUCUCCUCCUCUCGCCGAUGCUGCCCGUGCCCUCGAGCGCGCCCUCGCCGCCAACUUCUUCCGGCAGGACGUCUCGGACGAGACCUUUGGCCGCCUGGCGACGGCCGCCACCAGGGCCAGGCUGGGCUCUUUUGCCUAUGCCCUGGACCCUGCGUGGCCCGGUCGUGGUCCCUCCGGCGCGCUGCUCCCCCCGGCCCCGACCCGCCCAGCCCCUGCGCCGCCUGUCCCUCCGGCCCCGACCUCUCCACCUUCAUCGCCGGCUGGAGCGCCUCGUAGGAGGCUCCACUCCCCGCCACCACCGGCCAGCUCGCCGCCUCCGCCGAUGCCUCCUCUGCCGGCUGGGCUCCGGACCCCCCGGACCGUGCGGGUCGUCUCGCGGUCCAGGGAUGCGCUCCUCCUCCGGGGCUACGGCCCAGCUCCCCCGGCCGUGCUCCGCCGCGUCGCUGCUGUGCCCAUCAUCCGGGUGACGCCACCCACCCCGGAGCCCGCGCAGGGCCCGCCCUCCUCCCCGCCUCCCCGUGCUCCCGGCCGCAGCUCUUCGUAG